AUGUCCAAAGUGGCGGCCGCCAGUGGAGUCGGAACCUCGACGGGAUCAGAAAGUUGCGGAGCGGGGCCGGCUGAAGACCUCUGCAAGGUGUCAGAUGAGGAGCUGCUGAAGUGGAGCAAAGAAGACCUCAUUCGUAGCCUUCGUAAAGCUGAGGCAGAGAAAGUGAGCGCCAUGCUGGACCACAGUAACCUCAUCCGGGAGGUCAAUCGCCGCCUGCAGCUGCACCUGGGCGAGAUCCGGGGACUCAAGGACAUCAAUCAGAAAUUGCAGGAAGACAACCAGGAGCUGCGAGACCUUUGUUGUUUCUUGGAUGAUGACCGGCAGAAAGGCAAAAAAGUAUCCCGUGAAUGGCAGAGGCUUGGCAGGUAUAGUGCCAGCAUGAUGCAUAAAGAGGUUGCCUUAUAUUUGCAAAAGCUGAAGGAACUGGAAGUAAGGCAGGAAGAAGUUGUGAAGGAAAACUUGGAACUGAAGGAGCUUUGUGUCUUGUUGGAUGAAGAAAAGGGUGGUGUUGCUGGCUGCCGAAAUUCAAUUGAUAGCCAAGCCAGUCUUUGCCAAUUAAAUGCCACAAGUACAUUCAUAAGGGAUGUUGGAGAUGGGAGUAGUACCUCCAGUACUGGGAGCACUGAUAGUCCUGAUCACCAUAAGCACCAUUCAAGCUCAAGUCCUGAGCACCUCCAAAAAACAAGGAGUGAGGGAAGUCCCGAGCAUCAAAAGCACCGGAGUGCUAGUCCUGACCACCUCCACAAACCCCGAAGUUCUGGAAGUCCUGACCACCAGAAGCACCUAAAAGGACCAAGUCCAGAGCAUCAUAAAACUCUUGCCAAAGGUACUGCAGAGCAGCAGAAGCACAGCUGUAGCAGUCCAGAAACACUGCCAAAGCACAUGUUGAGUGGGAGCCCAGAACACUUUCAAAAGCAUAGGCCUGGGAGCAGUCCAGAACAUCAAAAGCACAGCAGCAGUGGAAGCCCUGAACUUCUUCAAAAGCAUGCUCUGAGUGGAAGCACAGAACACCUCCAAAAAGUGAGGGGCACUAGUCCUGAGCAUCUCAAACAGCACUAUGGGGGAAGUCCAGAGCACCUCAAACAUUUGGGCAGUGGCAGCAGAGAAGGCACCUUAAGGAGACAAGUUGCAGAUGAUCUGUCACCCCAUCACAGGGGCCUCUACAAUGGGAUGAAUG